GAAAUGAAUGUUUGGUUUUAUUCUACGAAAGUUUUGGCGGCAGGUAUUUUGUUUGGGACAUCAAUAAAAAAUGUUAUGAUCCAAUUUAAUGUUAUUUUUAAUUAAAUCUUUACGCUGUUUAGUUGAGAUUUUUCUUAUGUUUACGCUUAGUGACUUUAUUGAUCAUUACACUCAUGUUAAUUGUCACAUGAAAAUAACUACAAAGUCAUUCGUGAGCUUCGAUAAUUUUAGUUCAAUUUCUUAAUUCCUUCUAAGCAGUAUCAGCAAGGCAAAUUACUUCAAGAACUAUACAAGCCCUGCUAUAAUUUGAGCUCAACAUGGCAUGACACAACUCCAGCAUGCCUUGCCAGUAACGUAUACACUUCACACCUGCGUCCUUACUCCUUAGUCUGAUGGAACCAGCGAAAUCGCACUGCACCUAACGCUUCAAAAUUGUACCGUCAAUGGCGACCUGCACCGACUGGCCGUCCAGGGAUUGGUACGUACCACCGGUGACCACUUGUACCGACUGGCAGUCCAAAGAAUGGACCGAGGCGGCCGGCGGGCUCGGUCACGCCAUGGGCUUCGACUCGCAGUCGGCCUCAGAGCUCAGCGGGGUCAGCUGCGAGGAGAGCCCUUCGUCGGACCUGCAGGCGCGCUCGGAUGCCGCCACCGAGCGCUGCCUCCGCAGGAGGAUCGACGCCGGCGACAAGCGCGCCGUCCUGUUCCUCGCCCAGCUGUACUUCGACCGGGGCGACUACGAGAGCGCCCGGCCCCUGUUCGCAUCGAUAGCGGCCGAGAAUGUGUUCGCCCAGUACCAGCUGGGAGUGAUGCUCUUUGAGGGCCUGGGGUUCGAACAGGACCUGGAGCGCGGCUUUCGGCUGAUGCUGAUGGUGGCCCUCAGCGUGCCCAAGACCGCCGAACAGAAGGAGGCGAUUCACAGGGCGCAGUAUAACAUCGCCAGAGCCUACUUCAUGGGGUACGGCGUGCACAGCAGCGAGGACGACGGCCGCCGGUGGCUGGACCGAGCGGUGGACGGCGGCUCGCGACUCGGCAGCGCGCGCGCCCAGACCAUGCUGGCCAUGCUGCUGGCCAGGAGUGACACGCGCGACCUGCCAAAGUCCUUCUUCUGGCACUCGGAGGCCACCGGUAACGGUAGUCUCGAGUCCCAAGGGGCGCUCGGCGUCAUGUACCUGUACGGUCUGGGCGUUCGGCGUGACCUGGUGGCGGCGCGCUUUUGUCUCAGCCAGGCGGCCCGGCGGGGCAACAUCUACGCCACGGCGCAGCUCGCGCUGCUCUACUACCGCCACCACUUCUAUCGGCACGCGGCGCGCUUUUCGGCGCACCUGGCGCAGUACGGCGCCGCAGAUGUGGACCAGUUAGCUCGUCAGUCGGGCUGUCUGGCUCGCUACGUGCGCCGCGGCCUGGCCAUCGGCUGCUACCUGCUGUCGCGCUGCCUGCUGCGCGGCCAGGGCUGCCUGGCGGUGGACGAGGUAGCGGCUCGCCGGCUCGGUGCGCGAGCCGUGGAACUGGACCCGGCCGCCACAGCCUGGGUGGAGCAGCUGACCAUGCACGGCUCCUGGCUGCGGUCGCCCGGACUGUGACUGGACCCGGGCUGUAUCCGGACCUGGGCCGGUGCCAGACUGUAAAAUUACCGUAUCUGGAACCGGACCCAGACAAAGAAGUGACCAGGACCGACCCAGAGCGGACCAGGACCGGAUGCUUCCUAGGUGUCGCAUCCAGCGGUUUAUCCUGGCCACCCUUCGCAUCAUGGCCGAAGUUUUUGUCCUUGCCAGAAAGUCCAGAGUGCUUACCAGGGUUAGUGCGAUUUUUGUGCAUCACUACUUUGCUCAACGUUUAAAGCAAAUAAUAACGUUUUUACUUUGCGAAUGUAAUGGAGCAUGUCACGUAUCUAGAACAACAUGAAUUAUAUACCAGAAUUAUCGUUCA